AUGUGGAUUCUCACCCAGAACUUAUUCAACUUCAUUAAUCCGUUAAUUUGGCCUGAUGAUGAUUUCAACUCCCGGUGGAUGGGUUAUGGCUAUUGUGAUAUCCAGUCCAAGCUUAUCACCGGCGCCGGUGUUGGUAUUGCCGGCCCCUUAGUCUGCAUUUUUCGCAGUCUUGCAAAGGUCCUGGACACGGAGCGAACUACCCUUGUGCCUACCAAAGGUGAUCGAAGAUGGAACAUUACAUUUGAUGUCAUAUAUUGUGUUAUUAUCCCGGUGGUCAUCAUGGUACUGCACUUCAUCAUCCAGGACAGCAGAUAUUACAUCUACAGCAUCGUGGGCUGCAUGCCAGCUUAUCAUUCUAGCUGGGUCAGCUUUGUCGUCGGUUACAUCUGGCCUCCAAUCAUUUUGAUAAUCGCUUGUUUUUAUUGUGCACUCGUGCUAUACCGUUUGUUCAAGUACAAACGUGAAUUUUCCCAACUUGUGUCUUCGGACAGCUCAACCAGCAAGUCAAAAUUUGUCCGCCUACUCACCAUUUCACUUGUCCUUCUUCUCGGGAGCCUACCGGCUCAGUUUUUCGUCUUUUACACCAACAUAACCUCCUACAAACCCUGGGCUCCUUAUUCAUGGUCCGAAGUUCAUGGUCCUCACUGGGGUGAGAUUAUCAAAUUCCCAAUGCAUGGACAAGUCUACUACGAUCGUUGGAUACAAGCUGCAGCGGGCUUCCUCCUUUUCUUUUUCUUCGGUAUUGGCCAUGACGCCACCAUGAUGUACCGGUCAAUUCUUCUAAGACUCGGGUUUGGAGAUUGUUUCCCUGCGCUUCGUCAUCCACAUAUCAUGAUCAACCAGAGACAGGGUUCAUCUUCUACCCGUUUUGGCUCUUUCAGUAGCACUGUCAAAAUGGCUCUGGGUCGAAAGAAGCCUUUGACAUCUACGAUUGAUUCAGACGUCACACUGAACGAAAAGACGCGAAAUAUGUCACUGGAUGGAUGUUUGUUCAAUGAGCUCGAACCAAGUUUCUCCAUGGACAACCAAAAUAGCGCCCAGAAGCCAUAUCAGAUGCCAACUGUGCCAACACCUAUAAAUCACCCCAGCAGGCUCAACAUGUCUCGAAAACAGCGUCGGCAAUCAGGAGACUCAAUUUUUCUCGAGUUUCUUACCGAAACACCAAGUUCCAGUGCUGUUAAAGGGGGGAGGGAGGCUAAGAGCGGGCCCGAUAUGGUGUAG